GAAUGAAUAUCCCGGUCCUAACCGGUUUCAACCGGUCCGUGGUUGGAAGCAUGAGCUAAGAGGAAGAACACACCUGCACGCAUUAAAAAAAUCUCUGCUCUCUAUCAGUGAAUACGAAUAGACUCAGAAAUAAAAACGAGACUUUCGCUUCGUGGUUAUGACCCGGAAUACUGCUCUUAGUGUGACUCCGUUGUGUUAUUAGCUUAGCUUAGGUUAGCCGGCAGAGUCGCAACAUCAUUGACUUUUCAUUAGCAUGCUAAGUUGUUAUCAGUCUAGUGGGAGUCGACUGUGAUCUCUGAUAGUUAGAGAAAGAUAUAUUAAGCUAGUUAAAGACAAGAAGCAAAGGACUGCGGGAAGCUUUUAGUUUAGAGGAAUCAACCGUUAAAUACCCGACGUAGCUGUGCUGUUCAGUCAGCGCUAUUGGUGUCAUCCAGGAAAGCUAAGCUAGCAGUUGGCUACCAAAGGUUAGCAGCGGCAGUUAAAACUUGUGUCAUGAGAUAAUACUGCACUGCUGCUCGAAGCACGUCGAGACGGUAAAUAUUUCGGAUUUGAACCACCAGCCAAGACUUGUUUUUUCGUCGAGUGGACAGAACACACCAGGUAAGUCCAGCCCGACCAACAGUAACCUAACUCACCCAGCGUGGGCUAACUGUAGCAUCCGCCAGUUUGAAGAGUACUGUUUGUGUAUAUGAGGGGAGUCACAAACACUUCAUUGAGCUACACACGAUAUUAUAACAAUAACAAGGAUAUUGCUACCCUCUUUAUCAGUUUAAUAUUACUGCUGGAGUGUUAAAUUGCCCUCAAUAGUCCUAUUCCGGGGUCUAACAGACGAGCUGUAGUAAAACGAGCACCCGGUCAGCCAGCAGGAGGCGCUGUUUUACGUUUAACAUGUUCAUUUUUCCAAUGGGUGUCAUAAUUAGACCACGAAGGCUGCCACACCGCUGCCCAACGUAAAACUGAAACUUAACAUGCUUGUAAUUCCUUGACUCACCUCUAGGUUUUAUGUUAUUACAGUACUUAGUCUGAUUAGACAUGACAGUAUUACCAUCACCAACCUUGUUUUGAGAAGGGCCCCUUUCAUCAGGUCAGGAUCAAAACGGUCCUGACCUGACAUGACGUGGGCUCCACCUGACCUAUAUUAGUGUACUGUUGCAUGUGGCUCCAAAACACUCACUGUAGAUCCUGUUAAUUACAAGAAAGGGCCUCCAUAGAUCUGAUGUUGUCCAGCACAUCCAGUAGAUGCUCUAGGUCAUUUUCAUCCAUGUUCAUUGUUGGAGAUUUGUGCAUUCUGUAGCUAGGAGGCCCCGCAUGCUUUAAAGUCCUGAAAACUGUUUUAUCCAAAAGUUAACCAGAGCUAACAUUAAAAAAAAAUAAAAAAUCCCCAGUCGCUCUUUUGUUGGAUUAUUCACAGGCCAGCCUUCCCUUACAUUAUUGAGCCUUGGCCACCCAUGACUUAAGGUCACAGGUGUUUUCUUUAUUGGCCCACUCACCACAGCAGGUGUUCAGUGUCCACCACAGCAGCACCUAUUAAGAGUUGCAGUGUUGGAGAUGCUUCCAAACUGUUGUUUAGCCAUCUCAGUUUGAUCCUUGUCAAAGUUACUUACAUCCUUAUCCUUACUUUUUUCCCCAUGCAUCUACUUUGAGGACAACAUAUUCUCUUAGUGCCUCACAUAUUACAUAUAGACAUAUAAUAUAUUAGAUUUUUUUUAGCCUGUCAGUUAGGACUGGGCGAUUAUAUGAUCGUGAUUAAUUAUCUUUGAGUCAUCCUCCAAAGAUAUUAUUGUUGAGAAGAAAAGUUAUUUAAUGUCUUAUGUAGUAUUUAUGUAUUUAUUUUUUAGUUUUAAGUACAGAUGGUUUAAAACUGGCAGUUUAAAAAAAAAUCGGGAUAAUAAUCGAGAUCAGACAAUAUGACAAAGUAUAUUGUGAUCAUCUUUUUGGUCAAAUCACCUAGGCCUACUGUCAGUGGUUAUAAUGUCAUGGGUGAUCAGUAUAAAAUAAGAGUAGAAAGGUCAAGUAUUCUUAGAAUUGAAAGCUUAAUUUUUCAAUUUUUUUGCAAUGAAUUUUGUGAGUAGAUUGUAGAUUUGUGUAUAUCCACAUGCCUCUGUGACUGAUGUAUGAGUAAUUUCUCACCCCCUCUCCUCAGAAGCUCUAUGCCAGCAGAAAUGACGAUGUUGGCCGAUCACCCAGCCAGACAGCUGCUGGACUUCAAUCAAAAGCUUGACAUCAACCUGUUAGACAAUGUUGUCAACUCCAUGUACCAUGACAUAGGAUCUCAGGUGAGGAUAACUAGUUUUAAAUGUGGGCUUCCUCUCUAAGACUCAGGAUAAGACCAUAACAAGCCCCUUGUGUGUUUUUGUUUGGUAGUAGAUGAAAAAAAUGUUCCUGAGCUUAGUCAUCAGGGUUAAAAAGAGAGCUGAAGUCAAAUUUGGUGUGUAUAUUCAGGGGAAACCUACCUAAAGUUUCCCUCAUCAGAUUCACAGCAUGUAAAAGGUUUGCACUGUUUCUGUCUUUUAGCAACGAAUGGCCCAGGAGGUUCUCACCAACCUCAAGGAUCAUCCAGACGCCUGGACGAGGGUCGAUACAAUUUUGGAGUUCUCCCAGAACAUGAAAACUAAAGUAUGUUCAGACUUAAUGUACAACUGGUUGUGUUGAAGAGAAAAACUAAGACUAACCUAAGCGCCUCAUUGACAGAGCGUAAUUUUAUCAGUUUAUCCACAUCAGGCCGAGGCUUUCAGAGCAGUGAGGUUUGAUUCUCUGUAUUUACAGGAUUUUCUCCAGUUAAUGGCAGCUUAGUGUGAUUAAAUCCCUGCUGAUCUGCAGAAUUAGUAUUUUUUUUUCUCCAUUUUUACUGCAUCUUUGAUGUGAGCUACAUCACGUGAUAAUGUCAGCAUCAUCACUGCUCAUCUCUGUGUAAAAGAUCAUUUUGUUUCAUAUGUAGGUUUCUAUCUAAGUGUAUUUGUUCAUCUUUGCAUUUGCCUGGACAUGAUAUCAUUUGGUGUUAGUGGUUACCAUCAACCAAGGCUGCAUCAGUCAUUUAUUUUUUGUAAUAGUUUAAUCUGGAUCCUUUUUUAGGAUUAUUCAAAUGAACAUCUUGUUUUCAGGAAAAUUCAAAGAAAAAUAGUUCAAGUGCUCUGGCAACUUUUGAAGUUUCAAGUUGCAUCUUCAAGAAUUUUUUUCCACCAUUUCUGUAUGUGACAGCAAAACAGAAAAUAUGAACAUCAAGACAAUUCAUCAUCAUCAAAAUAAUUUUCGGAUGACAUAAGUAUUUUUCCUGUAAUUGCUGUGGCUUUAAAACCCACAUCAAGCAGGCUCUAGAUGAUGGAAAUAGAACAGCACAAACAGGGGUGUGUGAUAUUGAUAAAUGAAAUUAUCUGUAUAUUCGUGGGGGAUUUUGCUGAUGUUAUGAUUUAACAAACAGUAUGAGUAAACCUUUCCAAAGUCAGCUUACAGAUUUACUUUGUCAAAUAUUCCACAAAAACUGACAAAAACCAUUGAGAGAGCUUUUUAAGUAAACGGACUAGUCAGCUGUAUUGCUUAGUGGACGUGUGUGGACUCCAGAGGUGUGUUUUAAAGAGCACUGGCCUUUUACAGACUCGCUGGAUAUUUUAAUUUUAUACAUCUUUUGAAUUGCAGUUAAGAUAUCAUCUUAGACAAUAUAUAUUAAAUACAUCUAGCAAUGAAUUCUGACUUCAGCUGCCUCAUGAAGAGUUGAUUUUUUUCAUUAUUGCACUGGGGUUCUCCUUCAUUUUGGUUUUCAUUUUCAUUAGGAUUUUUGAAGAACGAUAAUUACUGAAAGUGCCAGAAUAAUCACAAACAAGAACAGAAGGGCAUUUGAUAUUCUGGACUCUGCACGUACAGACUUUCUGACAGCUCAUCUUUUUGUGUGUGUCGUCUUUGCUUUGUGUAGGUCAUACAUUUCUAGCUGCAGGUGGCAGUAAAUGUGUGACCUGACUGUGGUUGUUCUGUAAAUGUAUCUGACAUGUAACUCUAAUAUGUCUCACUUCUUCCCUCAGUAUUAUGCGCUGCAGAUUCUGGAGACAGUCAUCAAAACCCGCUGGAAGAUUCUUCCCAGGAAUCAAUGUGAAGGUCAGUUCAAAUCGACUGCAGAGAAGAUUUUGUCUGGAAUAUGUCACAUGUUGGAUAAAAAAAAUGUAUUUUCCAUUGAGACAAUUGGGUUGAUUUUUAGGAAUCAAGAAAUAUGUCGUCGGUUUGAUCAUCAAGACUUCCUCAGAUCCUUCAAACAUGGAGGUGAGGCUGAAUUAUUGUAAAAUACAGCACCUAAAAAAAAAAAAUUUGUGCUGCAUGAUAGUCAUGUGACUCUUCUUAUGUUCGCUUACAGAAAGGGGCAGUGUACAUUUCCAAACUCAACAUGAUCCUCGUACAGGUAACAACAUUUAAAACUAAGGCAUGGAAACAGUAGUUAACGUGAUGUGAAGAAGUUGGUGACACUAGAUGUCCUCUGUUCUUGUUCAGAUCCUGAAGCAGGAGUGGCCCAAACACUGGCCCACCUUCAUCAGCGACAUCGUGGGAGCAAGUCGGACAAGCGAGAGCCUCUGUCAGAACAACAUGAUCAUCCUCAAACUGCUCAGUGAGGAAGUGUUUGACUUCUCCAGUGGCCAGAUGACCCAGGUGAAGGCCAAGCACCUCAAAGACAGGUAACUGAGAUAAGAUUAUACCUUACUUCUUAGAUAAUAUCAUUAAGUAAGUUAACUUACGUAGACUUGGAAGGCCAGAAGUUUUAAAGAGAAACGUAAGACCUGGAGCAUUUUAAUAAUACAUGAUACUGAUUUAUGACAAGUUUCACACCUGAGGGUGACGUCCCAAGAACAUAACUGUUUUGGGGAUGUGGUCUAUUGAAAAAUUGAAGUAAUUAAGGACGCAUUCACACCAGGACUGUUUGGAUCAUUUUAAAAGGACCAUGGUCCCCUUACUCCUUUGUUCUGGGUGGUAUGAACGCGCAAGCGAACCGUGGUCCGGAUCAAACAAGCUGACCAUGGUCCUCUUGAAAAUGCAGCACUUGGUCCCCUUCCAAACUAACCGUGGUCUGGUCCGCGGCUGGUGUGAAUGCAGCCCUGCACUGUAAUGAAGCCUGGAGAUUAUGCCCGGUCACAGGUUGCAGCAGACAGAACAGCCGGUCAAAACUUUGGACUGUCCAUAAAACUGGACAAAUGGCUGAGGGUUUGAGUUCUAAUACGAUAGUCGGGUGAUAAAUAUUAAAUACAUACCUGGGUGUUCUUCUGUUCAACAAACAUGCUGACAAUGUGUUAGACAUUCUUUUGCAUUCCUUUAAUGCCUGGCUUCUCGUAGAACAAUGUUUCCACCACCUCUGGUGAAAUGCAUGAAGCAAGACCCCUAUUGUUCUCACUGGUUGGCUACUCUGUGCAUUGUGGGACAAUGAAGAUUGUGCCCCAAAGGAGCAGGUGACAGACAGUGAUUUUCCCUUGUAAUUUUCCCUCUUUUUUUUUUAACCAUUUUGGUUUGCUUAGCAAAAGUCCCAUGUGAACGCUAACUGGACCAAAUGCAAAAUGCAACAGUGUAAACGAUUGGUCCGUGCUCCUGACCUUCUAAGCAGAAUUUGGGUGAGAAAGGCCCCUAAGCUUCAGAAUUUUGCUCUGGCCUCCUCCUUAGAUUUGUAUGAAUCAUACCACCUUAAUAUCACAUUAACAUGUCCUUAGACUUUUUUUCAAAGUGACACAGAAACCAUUAUUUGCAAACAGUUAAUUUUAAACCUCGUUCUGUGUAGACAUUUUGCCCUGUUUUGUGGCAUUUUUACCUUUUUAGUGUUCUGCAGCCUGAAUGAUGAGCUGUUCUGUUUGAAAGCACAGACAUUUACAGCCUAAUCACGGUCUGCUGGCUAACGACACAGCUCUUCCUAUCCUGAUGUUUCUGUUCUGUUUUUCAGCAUGUGUAACGAGUUCUCCCAAAUAUUCCAGCUGUGCCAGUUUGUGAUGGUAAGAUGAAUUCAUUUUCAAAGCAUGUCAGCUCAAUCAUCUCAGUUUUUGAAUAAAUGGCACACCUUUUUUCAUUUGUAUUUUUUUUCUGUGCAGGAAAACUCCCAGAAUGCUCCACUGGUCCAUGCCACGCUGGAGACUCUCCUCCGCUUCCUGAAUUGGAUUCCUUUAGGUUACAUCUUUGAGACAAAGCUCAUCAGCACUCUGGUCUACAAGGUAAAGCCGCUUAUGUUCAGUCAGGAUAUUUUAAAAUAGGCUGAGUCAGAAUCAGGUCAUAUUUACUGAUGACCAAAAAGUGAUGAAAGUGAGUUGUUGUUGUUGCUCUCAUCAGGAAAAAUAUAUAUGUUAGCAAUAGAAUAAAGACUGAAUUUUGUGUGAAAGCUUUACUAGGAUAAAAAAAUGCAUGUUCAAGAACUACCCUGUUUGAAACUGAACAGUUGAUGUGUGCUGAUGGCUGCAAACACAGAGGGUAGCUUUAAGAGGAAAAAAUUCACAUGAUUCAAACUUGGAAAUUUAAAUUUCCUUCUGAAACAAAGGGUAGGGGUGAAAAACAGGGAAUCACUUUAUGUGAAACAACAUUUUACAUGUAUGGGACACUAAAAGGAAAAGUGGCCAGCAGCACUUGUUUACUCCUGAUACAGAUGUGAAAGUUAAACUCAUUUUCUUUGUGUCUUUCAGUUCUUGAACGUGCCCAUGUUUCGCAACGUGACACUGAAAUGUUUGACAGAAAUCGCUGGCGUGAGCGUCAACCAGUACGAGGAGCAGUUUGUUAACUUGUUUACCCUCACCAUGUGCCAGCUCAAACAGGUACACACACACACACACACACACACACACACACACACACACACACACACACACACACACAAAUACCACCUAGAGUUGAGUGGUUCUCCACUUAAUUGCACUCAGGAUGAUUAAGCACAAGCACACCCACACCCACAUGUGAACACUCAAACACAGUUUUUGUUGCCCACCUCCUCCUGCCACAAACAAACAACCCAAAGUCUGCAUGAAACACAAACUGUCAGCCUGUCAUUACACACAUGCACACUUGUUUUGUUACAAAAAAUCGGAAUGAACAACAAAGCGGAGCAAAAUCUCAAAAUGCAGAAGCCUGUGCUGAACACUUGGUGCAGUUUUUUUAUUGUUAGUAUUUGUUUAUUUUCUGCCCACUUAGUCCAGUGUGAGUUAUUUAGAGAAAUUUGACUAAACUACAUACAAGAAAACAAACCAGCUUUUACUGCCUCUGUAUGUUUGAUCAGCUUUGUUUACAAGAAAGCAUUUUUUCCAGACAUCAUUAGAGUGUUCGGGAGGAAAAGGGGAGAAAGAGGAAGUAAAAGAACCUGGAAACAAAUGUCAGAAAUGGUUUGCAUGCAUCAGUUUCAGAAUUUGAUUUAUUAUCUUUUCACAAUUCUUUAUUAAAUACAGGGUUUCAUUGAUGUCUGUUCCUGAUAACAUUUUACUUGGUGUCCCAGUUUUUCUGGAAUAAGGGUUGUAGUUUAAAUCAUGAGUAUAAAACUGAAAUUUGGUCUUUGGGCACCAUGUUUUGAUUUAACAAAAAAAAAGUCACGAUAGACAUUCAGAGCCUUCUCUCAUGGUACAACUCGCCUCUGGUUUACUGGGCUGCUUUGUUAGUUUUAGAAGAAACAGUGAUCUUGGGUGGUCUUAUGGCUUAGUGCUUUACAAGUAAACGUAUCUCAAGAACAAAGUCUAAACAUACAAAGGAAGCAAUUAUGGGCGAGCAUUUCGGACACAGUCGAUUUCAGGUAUACAUAAAUAAAGCUAAGACCGAAGCGCUGUUUUGUCAUCUGUUCUGGUCAGAUGCUGCCGUUGAACACAAACAUCAGAUUGGCCUACUCCAAUGGGAAGGACGACGAACAGAACUUCAUCCAGAACCUGAGUUUGUUCCUCUGCACUUUCCUCAAAGAACACGGCCAGCUCAUCGAAAAGAGACCCAAUCUGCGAGAGACGCUCAUGGAGGUAAAGACAGUUUUCUUCACAAAGCAGAAAAUCGAGAAAUAUGACCAAGAGAAGUAAACAUGAAACUGUGUCGGCCUGCUCGAGUAAACAAAUUUUCAACGCUCAGUUGGUCUUGUUCAUCAUUUCCGCCUCUGCUUCAGGCUUGAUGAAAAGAAACCUCCCCCUCAUAUCUAGUGUCUGCUCUCCUGCCUGGCUCCUCUUUUCUUUUGCAUGUGGUGUCCUGAUUACACCUUUACAGGGAUACACAGUUGGAAGCGAUUAAAGUGACUGUGUGUCCACUUGUAUAAGUGUUUCAGUCAGAGCUAAUUGAUUCAGGAGGAGAUGACUACAACAUAAGAGGAAAACAGAGCAAGAGUCUUCAGUAAGUCAUUUAAGAAGACUGUGAUUUUCGGAUUUAGAUAUACAGAGAGACACAGAGUGAAAUAAAAUCAGUUAAAUUAACUACUCAUGAAGUACUGUCUAAACAAAUAAGUGCCUUUAGAGGACUCAACAAGGCAUUAUAUUAUUAUUUAAAACAAAGUUUGUGUUUCAAACGGCUGCCACAGAAAAGCUCCUCUCUGACAUGAAGCCAGGUGUCUUAUUAGCAGACAAAACUUUUCCCAUCAAGGAUUUAAAUUAUUCUUUUAUCUUUGCACCCCUGUCGAAUGACCUGAAAAAAUGUCUGGAGCCUAAACUCGUCUGUUUUUGUGCGGUGUUGUCCCUUCCUUAGGCCCUGCACUUCAUGCUGCUGGUGUCAGAGGUGGAGGAGACGGAGAUCUUUAAGAUCUGUCUGGAGUACUGGAACCACUUGGCAGCAGAGCUCUACAGGGAGAGUCCUUUCUCUACCUCUAGCACCCCCCUGCUGUCUGAUGUCCCCCCACGCAGACACCUCUAUCUGCCUGUACUCUCACAGGUAAGACCGCCAUUCAAGACACAGUUCGGAUCAUCAACAUAUUCAUAUCGCUUUUUUUUUUUCAGCAAUUGAUGUAGGACUCAGUGACUUAUAAGCCCAAAUACAAAGAGUGUUUAUUUAGUUCAAGGUUGAAGUCAUGAUUCUUAUGCUCAUACUAAUGGUUUGUCUAGUCAACUAAAUAAUUAGCUGCAUGCACAUUUGUAAUUUGCUGUUACAUUGUAUAAUUCACACUGUAGAUCAGGGGGUUGCAGCAGGAUCCAGUAUCAGUUCUUGUCUCCCUCCCACUCUUCUCAUAGGUGCGUUUGCUGAUGGUGAGCCGCAUGGCCAAACCAGAGGAGGUGCUGGUGGUAGAGAAUGACCAGGGUGAGGUGGUCAGGGAGUUCAUGAAGGACACGGAUGCCAUUAACCUUUACAAAAACAUGAGGGAGACUCUGGGUGAGUUAACAAAUGUCUCAAAUGGUUCAAGUUUAAAAAUAUCUGGUUCAGAAAAUGCUGUUAAAUUCAAAUGAAACAACAGAAACUCAUUUAUCUCUCGUCUGGUUUAUACUGUCAAAGAUCCAAACUGACUAUAGUGAGUGGGGAGAAUGAAUGUAUUAGACUGUUAAGUGGUAGCUGGCUCAUAGGAUUGGAGAAAAAACCUGCGUCAUGUGCCACACAGUCCUUUUUCAUGAAUUUGUCUGUCUGUCCUCCCCGUCUGUGCCUGCAGUGUACCUGACCCAUUUGGACUACGCUGACACUGAACGCAUCAUGACUGAGAAGCUCCACAACCAGGUGAAUGGCACAGAGUGGUCGUGGAGGAACCUGAACAUGCUCUGCUGGGCCAUCGGCUCUAUCAGCGGAGCAAUGCACGAGGAGGACGAGAAGAGGUUCCUGGUCACCGUCAUCAAGGUGGAACACAGUAUUAUAUCAGCGUCAAACCUGAUCAGUCCUUCAAUGAAAUUCAGUCAAAUAGAAGUUGUGUGUGUCGUCUGUUAUUCGCUUUGAGUGCAGUUUAGUCCUCCUAAUUGCUUGUUCAGUAAUCAAAACUCAUUUUCUAGAGCCAGUCAUUGACCAGCGUUGUGUGUUUGAGUGUAACCAGUCUUAACUGAAUCUGGGUAUGUGUUGUUUUCUCAGGACUUGCUGGGCUUGUGUGAGCAGAAACGGGGGAAGGACAACAAGGCCAUCAUAGCCUCAAACAUCAUGUACAUCGUGGGUCAGUAUCCUCGAUUCCUUCGAGCUCACUGGAAGUUCCUGAAGACCGUCGUCAACAAGCUGUUUGAGUUCAUGCACGGUGAGAAAACAUCAAAUCUUCCGCACUAAGUAAAUCCAGACAUCAUUGCGGGGUCUGUAAUUGACUACAUUUUAAUUCUGAAGCCUUAGUCUCGUUACAAACUAAUGUUUCAAUGAUGUUUUAAGCUCGAUGUCACCUUGAAGUGACACUGUGAUAUAGUAAUUAUUACCACCUGAACCCUCCAUUCAUUUUCCUUUUCGACACAGAAACUCAUGAUGGAGUGCAGGACAUGGCGUGUGACACCUUCAUCAAGAUUGCCCAGAAGUGCCGGCGUCAUUUUGUCCAGGUUCAGGUGGGUGAGGUGAUGCCCUUCAUCGACGAGAUCCUCAACAACAUCAACACCAUCAUCUGCGACCUGCAGCCACAGCAGGUUAGUCAUGUCUUUUCAUUUCUGGAUGUGACAUUUUGUGUCAACUUUUUCUUUAAACUGAGAAAACAAACCGUUUUAAAGAUUCCUGAUGGUCUAAGUUAAAGCCAGUGCCUCAUUAUUUCAGGUUCACACCUUUUAUGAGGCUGUUGGUUACAUGAUCGGAGCGCAGACAGACCAGGCGGUCCAGGAGCUCCUGAUAGAGAAGUAUAUGUUGCUGCCUAACCAAGUGUGGGACAGCAUCAUCCAGCAAGCCACAAAGGUGAGGACUGAUCAACCACAUGUUUUCCACUCAAGUUUUUCUAAGAAUGAAACAUCUGUUCACACUGAAAUUUCUGCUGCAGAAUGUGGACAUCCUGAAGGACGCAGAGACGGUGCGCCAGCUGGGCAGUAUCCUGAAGACAAACGUCAGAGCCUGUAAAGCUGUGGGUCAUCCUUUUGUUGUCCAGCUGGGACGAAUCUACCUGGACAUGCUCAAUGUCUACAAGUGCCUGAGUGAAAACAUCUCCUCAGCUGUCCAGACCAACGGUUAGCUCCUGUUCGCUCUUAUUGAGUGUGUGUCUUGAACUCCAGAACACCCAAACCUCUUCCAGCCCACCACAGAAAAUAUAACUGAGAGCUGAGCCAGAAGUAGGACUGAUUUCAUUCAGCUUGGACCGAAUGAAAUCACCCAGCAUUAAAUUUCCUCUGAUGUAAAUAAAUCAGGCCACUGUUUAGUACUUUAAAAUAAACACCAGCACGCCUUAUUUGAAAAGCAGGAAAAAAGGUCUGUAAAUUCAUUCAUUUGAAUCCUCUGGUUUUCAGGAGUCCAAAUACAAAACAUAAAACACAGUGUGGGUGAGACAAAUCCUUUUUGGCGAGAUGUCCUCAUUUUGACUUUGACUUAUAGGCUAGGGCUGAUCUUGUUUUUUUUUUGAACUAAUCAAGGAUCAGCAAUGUGAGCUGAUCAUUUAUUUGAGCUGUGACUGACUAACAGGCUGUGCUCGGUGUGUAGUGGAACGCAAAUGCAUGAUAUCUUACUGAGUUUACUGAGAGCAGUGGACUUAUACUUAAUUUGUUUACUUCAGUUAUUUUGCAAACAAAACUCAAAGCACAGCCUGCAGCUGUGUUACCGAGGCAAGUACAUGUAUCAGAUCAAGAUGCAGUACCAGCAGAUUAAGAUCUAAGGCUAGCAAAGCUAUCAGGACAUCCCUGCUUUUACGGUACAAAAUCCUUUUUAUCAAGUUUAAACAGGUUUUGUUUGUUUUUGCAGACUUCCUACAUCCUGCAUUUGAAUAUAAUGUUAAUACACUUUGAAAAAACUUUUCUGUGGGAAAUGUUAUUAGUGGAGUAUUGUCUGUUCUUUGCAGAAACCUAAAGCACAGUUAGAGGAGGGUGACUGCUGGGGAAAAAUAGACUCAUAACAAAUGCCAGAGUUGCUCCAUAACUUCUUAAUGUUGAAAUAAGACUUUCAUUUCUAAUAGGUUUUCAAUGUUGACCCAAAAGCUGCUUAAUUAAGGUGGUUUAUUUUUUAAUUGUCUUCAAUUGUUCAUGCAGGUGAGAUGGUGACCAAACAGCCUCUGAUCAGGAGUAUGAGGACAGUUAAGAGAGAGACACUGAAGCUGAUCUCAGGCUGGGUCAGCCGCUCCAACGACCCUCAAAUGGUGAGUCAGUCAGACUUUUCUGUAACAUAAACAGGUUUGAAACGUAUGUUUGGCACAUAGAUACGCUCAGAAUGACUUUUUUUUAGUGUUAAAGAACCAUCUUUAUCUACAUAGAGGGAUACAUCCAAUCCUAAAUCAGAAAUUGGAAAACUUUUCUGUUUGGAAGUUUUGAAAAGGAAGAACAUUUGGGGUCUGUCAGCCUUUUCAAUAUAUUGUUGUGUGAUUCAGGUGGGAGAAAACUUUGUGCCCCCCCUGCUGGAGGCGGUGCUCAUCGACUAUCAGAGAAAUGUCCCAGCUGCCAGAGAGCCUGAGGUCCUCAGCACCAUGGCAACCAUCGUCAACAAGCUGGGGGCCCACAUCACAGGGGAAAUCCCAAAGAUCUUUGACGCCGUCUUUGAGUGCACUUUGAACAUGAUCAACAAGGUCUGUCUAAGUCGAUAAAAUCACAAGAGAAAGCAAUAAAACUUAACAUUAUUGUCCCAAAGUCACAGGUUUUAUAACUGUUCAUGUUUUCUUCCCAUGCUGUCAGGACUUUGAGGAAUUCCCAGAACACAGAACUCAUUUCUUCUACCUCCUACAAGCCGCCACCUCCCAGUGCUUCCCAGCCUUCCUAUCCAUUGCUCCGGCCCAGUUUAAACUGAUCCUAGACUCCAUCAUUUGGGCCUUCAAGCACACAAUGAGGAAUGUGGCUGACACAGGUCUGAAUCAUCUCAUCUGAUCCGAUAGAGUUAACACAAAAAUACAGUGUUGUAUUCAAGAACAAUGUUGUAGGAAAUCUAAUGAAUUCAGUAUCUGCAAAAGUCCUCAACAAGCGUCUUCUGGUCCCCCGCAGGGCUCCAGAUCCUCUACACUCUGCUGCAGAAUGUGUCUGGAGAAGAAGCAGCGGCACAGAGCUUUUACCAGACAUAUUUCUGUGACAUCCUGCAGCACAUCUUCUCUGUGGUCACUGACACCUCUCACACUGCAGGUAAAAUAAACUGCAUCUGCAAAGUGGCCUUAUUGGCACAUAUUCACCUCCAGGAAACAUUGACCCUUUUUAAAAUUGGACUUAAUGAGUCAAAAUACCUUGGUGUAAGAAUUCUCAUCACAAAGUCAUUCAAAUGAGAUGUUAGAUUUGUGUGACAAAGUCAGUAAACUCCUCUGUCUACUCUAUGUCUGCAGGUCUAACCAUGCACGCCACCAUCUUGGCUUACAUGUUCAACCUGGUGGAGGAAGGGAAGGUCAGCAUUGCGCUGAACGCUGCCAGUUCUGCAAGCAACCAGGCGCAUGUCCAGGAGUACAUCGCCAACCUGCUGAAGACAGCCUUUCCCCACCUGCAGGAGUAAGUAGACCUCAGUUCUUCAGGUGUACCACAGGGUUGGGAAGAUCGGGCAUUUGAUGUGCUUGGUCUUUUUUUUGUGAAAGAGAUCAUACACCAAGGAAUAUAACUGAUGAUUUCAAACAUUACACCAAUAAUGUCACAAAACAGAUAUCUCAGAUGUUAGUUUGUGGUCCUAAAAGCUGAAAGUACGUCAGAACUUCUGAUCUCAGGGUUUCAUCUUGCGAAUAGUGAAUAUUUUGUAAACAUGUCGUCUGUAAGAGGCAGAGAGUCUCGUCCUUUUCUCAUGUUAUAAAUAAAUCCUGUUACAAAUUGACACACAUACAUUUUAAUGCUGUAGUCAGCACUGAUGCAUACUUCCCCAGUUUGUUUCAAGCAUUGCUAAUCAAACAGCAUAUGCACCCAGAUUAGACUGACAUUCAUCUUUUUCAUCCGGGUGUGGAAGUUGUUCAACAACACUGAGGGAAAUACCAGUAUGAGAUGGUGAUACUUUCUGUGAGCUGAGAGUGAGGAAAUCCAGUCUGCUGGUUACAGACUUGGUGCUAACUGAUUGUCUCGUCCUCAGUGCCCAGGUGAAGGUGUUUGUAACGGGUCUGUUCAGCCUGAAUCAGGAUAUCCCCGCCUUCAAGGAGCACCUGAGGGACUUCCUCGUGCAGAUCAAGGUGAGUGUGAGGAGGUCUUUUAUUCCUGGAAACAGACCAGGGAGGAGGUGACUGAUGGAAAAAACUGGUAUUUUAAACCCUAGAAGACAUCACAACACGAGAUGGCAGAUAAAAAGUGAUCCUUGGGUUAUUUGAGAAGUCAAUUUACAGUAAAGAAUAUGAGUCGGUGUUUGCUGUUUUCAGAGAAAUCAUUUGUUUAUUUUUAACUCCUGACAGCUUAAUAAAGUUUUUUAUGGUGCAAUCCUGUAAAAAACAUCCUGAGGGAGUGAGUGAUGAGCUGAAUGAACUGCAUUAGAUUUUGAAGACACAGGAUAUGUCUCUGUGUGUGUUGUGUAUAAAAUUAGGGUGUUAAAUCCACACUAAACUAGUUGAAACUAGUGAAGGUGUAACUUAAGUUUUAUCUUUUUUUGUUGCACUAUGUAGACUUAAAAGUUCAUCUUAUCUAGUAGAUGUCGAAGCUAACCAAAAUAUUGUCACAGUUAUGGUGUUGACACUUCCAGUAGCCAAUCACAGAAAAUCUUUUGUCUUUAAGAAGUGAUGGAGUGCUUAUUCUCAUGUCUGACUUGCUGAAAAUGUCAGCUGUUUAUCACCAUUAUUGGACUUCCAGCAGCAGAAGAGUUUUCCAAAUUGAUAUGGUAAUAAUUAAGCUGUAGUGUACAUCUAUUGGUGCAGCAGCUAUUCUUGUAUUAGACAGUGGUGCCAAAUGUAAGAAAAACUCCAGUAUUACAGGGAUGAAGGUAACACAGAUAAACAGAACGCUUCAGCUAUGCAGAUUAUUGAACUUUUCAAUGGAGGGACUUUGUGGAAAAUUUGAGCAGCUCAGGUCUCAUUCUGUGGAAAAAUGUUAGUUCAGCCUGAAAACCUGGCUUGAGCACCGCUGAGCCUCUGCUUGUGUGGUCCCUGCAGGAGUUUGCUGGCGAGGACACAUCGGACCUGUUCCUGGAGGAAAGGGAGACGGCUCUGUCCCAAGCCCAGGAGGAAAAACACAAGAUCCAGAUGUCCGUGCCCGGCAUCCUCAACCCUCAUGAGCUGCCCGAGGAGAUGUGCGACUGAAGUAUCAUCGACAUUUAAACAGUGUGUGAGAAAUGGCUCUGAGAGGGGGAAAAGGUCACGAGAGAGAGCACAGAUGCUUCCUACUGGAGAAUAGUUUUCUUUUUGGUGUGUUUGUGUGUGACUGUGUGUUUGAAAAGAGAAUGAAGGGGCCAGAGGACAGACCCCAGGUUAUACGUCGACCAAGUCGUUGUCAAUAUGUAAAUGAGAAUCGUCCCUGAACUUCCCCCUCAAACAUGGUGUGAAUUCUUUCUUCUUUUUUUGCUACAUUUUGUUUUAUAUGAAGAUUUUUUUGUGAAACAUGCCACCUGUUGUUAAUUUUUUGCUUAUUAAAGCUUUAUUUUUUGCAAACUUUUACACCUGCAUGAAGUUGAAAGGAUAGAAAGUUCAUUUUAAAUCCCUGCUCACCCCCUGGAUUCACCUCUCCUCCUCUUUGUUAAUAUGUAAUAUAUAACGAUGAAAGUCUUGUUAUGGUUAGUUUACAGAUUGCUCUGGAUCCUGAUGUGCUGUGCUCACGCUGCAGGAUGAAUGUGAUGCUGAAAGGGUAGAAGUGUACCUCCCUGCUUCCUUUGUUAUCUUGUUUUCUUUGUUUUUUUUUUUUUUUGGUUUGUCAUUGUGUUUAUUUUUCUUUCACUUUGACUCUCUGAGAGUCAGAACUUUAGUUGGAUUGCUCUGCGUUUGGACAAGAAGGAAGGCGCUGUGCAUAUCAUAUUUGUAAAGCUGUCUGAGUACUCUGAGAAUAUAAAGUUGGCUAUUUUUACAAAAAAAAAAA